AUGAACCCUGAGGCUGCCGAGUUUCACCCCUCAGUCCUGGCCCUCUUGCCAGCGCCUCUCGUGCUCGCACCAAUACCGAUACCGGUCGCGCGCAAGCAGCAGCGGCGGCGCAAGAAGAAGAAGAAUCCUCCAGAUGCCAAUGCGAGGCGGCCCAAGCCGCGCGCCGCCGACGCGCCAGCACGCAAGAGCAGGAACGCCAAGCCGCCACCGCCACCAGAACCCGUCUGGCCCCGCGCGCCGCCGCCGCCCGCCCGGCAGCGGUCGCCGUCGCCGCCGCCGCCCGCGCCGCUCGAGGUCCGGAGGGCGCGGCCGAGCGAUACGGCGCGGGCGCGGUGGCGCGUCGCGGCGGACGCCUGGCGCGAGGACCGCGACGCCGCCCUGGCCUCGGAUCAGGCGCUCGCGAAGAUGCGCGCGACGGCCAUCGCGCGGGCGGGCGCGGCGGCGCGCGCGGCCGCCGCCGUCGCGCGGGCCCGCGGCGAUGACUCGUCGGACGACGACGACCUGUCGGCGACGUCGUCGGACACGUCUGUCGAGGCGCCGCCGCCCGACACGUCGGCGGCCGCCCUCGCGGCGCACUGCGCCCACAAUCGCGUCGCGGCGCUGCGGCUCGCUUUACGAGCGUCGCGCGACGCCGUGAACGGCCGCGAUCGGCGCGGCCGCACGCCGCUGCACGCAGCUGCCGCGCGCGGGCACGCGGGCUGCGUCCAGGCGCUGCUCAGCGCGGGCGCAGACGUGUAUCCGCGCGACCGCCAGCUGGAGACGCCGCUGCACGCGUGCGCGGCGAGUGCGCGCGGCCGCGCCGCCGUCGAGUGCGUGCGCGCGUUGUGCCACGCGACGCCGGGCAAGGGGCGGUCUGCGAUCGACGCGAAGUCGAAGCGCGACGGGCGGACGGCCCUGCAUUACGCCGUCGAGCGCGCCGUCAAGCAGGGGGCGACGACGUCGAUCGUGCGCGCGCUCGUCGCCGGCGGCGCGUCGCCUCUCGUGCCCGACGCGCACGGCCGGUCCGCGCUGGCGGCCGCGGCGGGCGGCGGGCGGGCCGCGUUGGUCCGUGAAUUGUUAGGAGGCGCAAGGCGCGGCGCCCACUGUCCGGGCAAGCUGGUCGUGGGCCCGUUGCAAGAGGCGGCACGCGCCGGCGACGCCAAGACGCUCGCCGAGCUCUGCGGGGCCCGGCUGUUUGACAUCGACGCGCGCGAAGUGAGCGGCGAGCGCGACACGGCCCUGACGGCGGCGGCGCGGCGCGCAUCCGCCGACUGCGUUCGCGUAUUGUUGGCCGCUGGCGCGGACCCGCUGCGCGAGGACGGCCGGCGGCGGUCGCCGGUCGCGGCCUGCGUCGACGGCGCGUCUGUCGAUGGUUCGAAGACGCUCGAGUUGCUCGUCGCGGCGGCGCGGGACCGCGACGCCGUCCGACGGGGCCCCGAUUUCUUUGAGCGGCCGUUGUGUGGUGCCGCGCCGCGGCCGCCGCUCGCGCACGCGCUGCGGCGCGGCGAGGUGUCGCUUGCCGCCACAUUAAUUGAUUGCGGCGCUCCCGGGCCGCGCGUGCUGAAAGACAUUGGAAAAUUACCGGACGACGUUUUGAGGCAUGUUGCCGCAUUUCUCCCGGACGAAGGGCCCGCGCGGCAUUUGGCGGUAGGGCUCCGGCGGCGCGACCCGCCCAGGCCUCGGCGCUUUUCGUCGCGGAGGGGUCCUGCGGCGUCGCCGUCGUAGUUGUUAAGUUGGUC